AUGAGUGGAGAAGAUGAACAUAAGAAUGCUUUGGCAACUUACGCUCAAAAAGUUAAAGAACAUAGAGAGUUAGAGGUUAGUUUGAAAAAGAAGAGAAUGGAAAUUAGGGAGUUAAGUAAGGUGUAUGAUAAGACAGAGGAUGAUCUAAAGGCAUUGCAGAGUGUGGGCCAAAUAAUAGGCGAAGUUUUGAGACAUUUAGAUGAUGAGAAGUGUAUAGUAAAGGCUUCAACAGGACCUAGAUAUGUUGUGGGAUGUAGAUCAAAGUUGGAUAAAAGCAAAUUAACAUCUGGAACUAGAGUUGCUCUAGAUGCAACUACCCUAACCAUUAUGAGGAGACUUCCUAGAGAAGUUGAUCCAAUGGUUUACAAUAUGCUUCACGAAGAUCCAGGAAGUAUAAGCUACUCCCAAGUAGGAGGGCUUAAUGAGCAGAUUAGAGAAAUUAGAGAAGUUAUUGAGCUUCCUUUGACAAAUCCGGAACUAUUUAAGAGAGUCGGGAUUAAGACUCCGAAAGGAGUACUUUUGUAUGGGCCUCCUGGAACUGGCAAGACUCUUUUAGCUAGAGCCAUGGCUUCAUCAAUGAAUUGCAACUUUAUGAAGGUUGUUGCUUCUGCUAUAGUAGACAAAUACAUUGGAGAAAGUGCAAGAGUUAUAAGGGAAAUGUUUGGGUAUGCUAAAGAUCACCAACCAUGUGUUAUAUUUAUGGAUGAAAUUGACGCUAUAGGUGGAAAGAGAUUUUCCCAAGGGACUUCAGCUGAUCGUGAAAUUCAGAGAACUUUAAUGGAAUUAUUAAAUCAAUUGGAUGGUUUUGAUGAGCUUGGUGCUGUCAAGAUUAUUAUGGCCACAAAUAGACCAGAUGUAUUAGAUCCAGCUCUCUUGAGACCUGGAAGACUUGACAGAAAAGUUGAAAUUCCUCUUCCAAAUGAAACCUCAAGAGUAGAGAUUCUCAAGAUUCAUUCAUCUAAACUGAAUAAACAGGGAGAAAUUGACUUUGAAGCCAUUUGCAAACUAUGUGAUGGUUUUAAUGGGGCAGAUAUGAGAAAUGUUUGCUCUGAGGCGGGAAUGUUUGCAAUUAGAGCUGAAAGAGAUUACAUUAUUGAAGAAGAUUUCCUUAAAGCUGUAAGGAAAUUAGCUGAGAACAAGAAGAUGGAGGGAAAUCUAGACUACGAAAAGGUUUAA